AUGUCUUUAUCAAUAUCUCCACAGGACAAAUCAUCUAGUAAAAGCAGUGUUGAAUUGCCCUUGAAACCAAUACAACCAACACAGUAUUGGACGUUUGACAAUGCAUUGUCAUUAUUAAGAAAUUGUCAAGACCCCUAUUUGGCGGAUGCAUUGGAUGAAUUUUUGUUGUCCAGUAAAGAAAUCCUAUUGAAUUCGUCCCCAUUUACAUCAAAUAAUGACAAACAGGUCCUAAACCUGCAAACCAAGGACAUCUCAUUGAGAGGUAUCUUGUACACAAAUAUAUCCGCACAAGAUACAAGUGAUGGGAAACUUUUAUCCAAUCUAUUGAAUAUAGAUGUUUUGGAAACGAUUCGAGUAAUAUGUCAGACUAACAAGAAAAUUCCCUGCAAAGCUGUUCCUCCACAAUCGGAAGCGGUAAAGAGUAAAUUACUUGAUGAAAAAUAUUACGAAAACAAGCGAUUACAAUUGUAUACCUCCAAGAUAUUAAGAGAGAGAAGAAUAAUUUUGAAGAUCGUUGUUGAAUUGCUAAACAACAAAAGUAACUCAUAUGCAUCAUCUACUAUUCAGAACUUGGGUAAAGAGAUAUUUUUGUCGAAGCAGUACCUUGUAUCAUUGAUUGAAUCCAUCAGCAAAGCAUCACAAAGUUUAAUGAAGAGACAGUAUAUUACAGGAAUCAACAAAGAAAUUGAUGACACUAUCCAUAAUGAGACUGUUUUAUUUUGUAUCGAAGCAUGUAAGGUGUUAAUUGAAUUAUCUGUUCAAAAUACAAAUGUUGAUGUCCAAGCGGUUCGCCAGUGGUUCAAGUUGAUGAGAGAUACCAACUAUUCUGUUGCCUUGGGACCAUAUGUGUCAUAUCACGAGGCAUUUUCAAUACUUCAGGGGUUGUUUACAGUUUUAACUAUUCAGUAUUUGGACUUGAAUAACAGUUUUGAUUCUGUACAUGAGAGCCUGUCUGUUUCAUAUAUGACCGAUGUACAAGCCUUUAAGUACGUGAAUGAUACCAUUGCCAACACAGCAAACAAUAAUUCUGUUGUAUUAUACAGUUGGUCCAUUAUUUUGUUGAGAAAAUUCUAUUUCUUGCAGGAAUACGCCGAAUUACCCAACUCACAGAAGUUCUUAAACCAAUUCAGUUUGUCACAUUUGGAACAUACAAUAAACUUGGUUAAUCAGAAAUGUGAAAAUUUGGAUGUAUUUUCAAACUUAAAAAAGUUAAACGAGUUAUUAAAGUUUGACAAACUUUACUCAGCAAUAUUAUCUUCUUUGAUCAUUGCUUCAUUGCCCUUGAUCACCCUCACUUCAGAAGUUACUAGUUGUAUUUUGAGUGUUAUUAGUAACUGCCCUAAUAGUGUUAUUGAAUCAUUUUUCGAUAACAGUGCCACCCAGAAUGCUAUAAUUAUUGCAAGGACAAAAUUCCCCUUGAUUUUGAGUCCAUAUAUUCAAGUAGCUUCUAUCAACGGGAACUUUGCAUUGCAUGAGUUUAAUGACUUGAAGUCCUAUAUUCAAGUAUUCAAGAAAGAGGAAUUCAACAAUAUGUACCAGAUAGAUGACCAAAAUACAGAAUUAGUCAAAACUACCAAGUUCAUUGACGUAUAUCCACCUUUUGAAGCAAAUAAGAAGUUGUCAAUGGUUUUGAGUCUAGGAACAAAAGCAAAGAUUUUACCUUCGGCAAACCCAGAUGAAGUAUUGGUCACAUUUCUUUACAAUUACAAUGGUUGGGCAUUUUUGGGAAGAGUUUUGCAGAAUGUAUCUAAAAUUUUCAAUAAUUCAGACUCCGAAACAAUGGAAUUGGUCAUAAACAUACUAAAUUUAUUGAACAACGUGGUUAUUGAUAAUGGUGUUGAUGAUUCCAAAAUGGUUUUAGAGGCAAUGUCUGCUUAUACAGACGAUUCUGAUAUUUUGGAGGUGAUUUUAAGGCUUUUGGAGCAAGGGUUACAUUUAAGAAACGUAAAGCUUUUGGUAUCAGUUGUGAAUUUAUUGACAAACUUGAUGCCAUUCCUUUCCUACAGAAUUUGGCCUUACUUGUCCAAAUCUGCUUUGCUUGCUCAAAAUGGCAAAGAAGGGUUGGCUGCUGUAAUAUUUGGAUCCAUAGAAAUGGUGAAUGGCGAUUAUGAUUUUACAGUUUCAUUAAUAAAACUUGUUGAGCUGUUGACUCAAAAUUGCUUAUCUUUGGACCAAGAUUAUCCAGAAAAAUCCAAAUCCGUGAUUAUGUUUAGAUUUGCUGGUCAUUUGGUAGACUUGUUUGAGACAUUUAUGUAUUGUCGGUAUAACCAACAGAGUCAGAAAUUAGAAAUUGGAGUUUUGUUGUUAGAUACGUUUUCUACAAUUUUGGCAAGUGUCUACGGUGUUGAUGAAGGAGUCCCCGCCAGUACCAAGGUGACAAAAGUAUUUGCAGACGCUGCUACUCGUAUUUUAGAUUCAUUUUUAGUAUCUGAUGACGAUAGUCCAAGGGCAGCAAGACUGAUUAUUACAAUGAUUGAGAAUUUGUCACAAGACUUGGACUUAUACGAAUUGACCGAUUCAUCGUCAUUCUGGCAUGAUAACUGGAUUCAUUGUGCGUUAUCAUUUUCCAGAUUGAUCAUUACUAUCAGAACUUCAGAGCAUUUGAAGCCACUGGCUUUUGAAAAAAGCUUGUUUACUAAAACUCCAGAUUUGGUGUUGUCAUAUUCCCGGUUUGAAUCAGUACGGAAAGAUAUAUUGGAUUUGUUGACUGCCUUGACCAGUGGAGAUUGGCCAGACAAAACAGCUCCAUCUUUGCUUUCUCACUUGGGGAGUGAGAAUGCUCAAGUAUUGUUGCAUUCAUUGGCAGCAGAUUUAGAUAACUCGUUUGAUGAUUAUAAAAUGAAAAUUUCAUUAUAUGACUUUAUUUGUGCUGUUAUGGAAGGCAAACAAGAAGGUUUAGCCGUCUUAUUUAUAACUGGAAGAGAUGUCUUUGGCGAUUACACAAGUAAGGAUGACACCGAAACCACCAACAAAUUGUCAUUAUUACAAAUAUUAAAGAAAAACAUAAGAGAUAUGAGGUACUAUCCAAAUUCUGUUAGCAUUCAUUUGGUAGAUGCUAUAGCUUUAGCAUGCAAUUCUUGGACUACUGCCAAAGAAAGUGAACACGAUGAUGAAUUUAUUCAAACAUUAAUUGGUCGUGUUAAAUUACAAAUUCUAGAUCCACCUGACUCCUCUGAAAGUUUUAUAAGUAGAUGCUACGAAUUGAAAUUGGUUUCCAAGAUUGCUGAAAUUUUGGCCCUUUAUCUUUUCACUGCCAAAAAUGACAGCACUAGAAACAAGAUUAUAAGUUUUGUUAAUUCUGAUGAAUUCAACGACUUGGCAAAAACUAAAUUCACAAUAACCAACUACCAGUCAUCAUUAGACACGAAUUUGAAAAUUUCUUUUGAGAAUGCAUUUCCAAAAUUCAAACUAUCACAGUUUACGAGCGGAUUGACAAAAAGGAAUCGUUUUGGAAUUACAUCAGUCUACAAUUUAGCUUUGAUGGACUCUCUUUUCAAGAAUGAACUGGAUUGGCAGCAAAUUAGAGAACAAGUCAUUGCAUCGAGUAUUAAUUUACAGUAUUUAAAUUCACAGCUAGCAGGUGCCAAAUCAUUUGGAGCUUUAAUUACAAGUUUUUGCAGAAAAUAUGAGCCCCCAUUGCAUUCAAGAGUUUUAGAUUUCAUUAAUUAUUUGCUAAAAGUUAAUACUAACGAGGGCGUGCCUACAGAGAGUUUCCAAUCAAUUUAUGACGAAAGAGUGGAAUUGGCAUUCUAUUUGAUUUAUACUUAUUUUUCGAGAACUAAAUCACUGAAUGUUGAUGAAAAGAAAAUAUUUGAAAUUGUGAAGAAUGCUUCUACUUUGUUGUCAUCAAGUAGUAUGAAUUUUUUUACCAACUUGGCUCAAUCUCAUGGGUGCUACAAGCCAUUGUUAAAACUCAUCUACUGCGCAUUAAAAAUGAUUAAAGAUGCUUCUACGGUGUUGACAGAGUACUUCAGUUUAUUCCGUGACUUAUUCAAUGCAAUUGUUAUCAAGGGUACUCAGGUUUUGCUAAUUGAAAUUCAGAAUGAUGUAUACCUUGCGCGUACUCGAAAGAAUUUCAAGUCACCUAAAAUGAAUGAUCGAAUUGAUGAUUUAAUGAUAAUUUUGUCUAUAUUAAAAGUUUUUGUCGGUGUACAAUUUGGAUCAAUCUUGCACGAGGAAAUUGCAUUAUCGAUCAAGGAAAAUGGAACGAUUAACUCGUUAUUGAACCUUUACUCCUUUGCCCACUCUAUUGAAGUGAAUGAUGAAUUUAUAUUUGCUAGAUUGAGUUUAAUGUAUCUUUUGGAAUUGAUGUCUGUUAACAUUAUUGCUGAAAAGGUUAUUGCUUCAGGGUUAUUUCUUGUGUUGUUAGAAAGCCCCAUAUCACGUCCUAUUAGAGCUGGAGGUGUAUCAAUUAGCCACGGUAUACAUUACCAUAGAUUGUGGACAAAUGGAAUUUUGCCUAUAAUUAUAACCAGUUUAUUUAAAUUGGGAGCAUCGGUUGUUCCAGAAGUAUGUGUUGUGUUGCAAUUAUUUGGAAAACAAACUCAAUAUUGUAUAGAAAGUUGGUCAAGGGAUUCUUCAAGCAGUAAAGUCUCAACUGCUUUAGUGGCGGAGACUAGUCAGAUUUUAUUGAUUUAUGAUUUAUUGAAAUCUAUGAAUGUUAAUGAAUACUUGAAAAGCAUUGAAAAUGUUGCGAUAGAUGAUGCCAUUGACAUGAGAAUUUUCCCAGGAUUGGAAUCAGAAACCAAAAGAGAAGAUUUUGUUGAUUGUAUUGAGAAUUUACUAAAACACCCAAAAUUUUUAAGUUCAAGAAUUAUUCCAAGUUCCGUUGAAGAACAGCAAAUUAUUGAAAGGGGAGGUAAAGCCUUUGAACAGUUUGUACAUGGUUUAAUUGAUGAGAUAAGAGACUUCAAGGAUUAUUUCAGUUAG